CAUCAUUGGUGAAGAUCAUGUUGGUUACGCAAAGGAGAUAUAUAGAAAAGGCUGUUCUCUCUUUCUCUCUCUCUCUCUCCAUAUCAAUAUGGGUUAAUGUGAUUACUCCCUUGGCUAAGCGUUAUUCUAUAUUCAUCCUCGAAGCUCUCGAAGCUCUCAAAGCACACCACAGAGAAAUGUCUGACUCGCAGCCCUCCGUUUUACAAUGGCUCCGCCUCGCAAAUCGUGAUGUUUCUGACAUAUGGAUUGGUUGUUUUGUUACAAUCAUAGCAAGCACUUUCUUAGCGCUUCAUCUUAGUGUGAGGGCUUACAACCCCCCGACAACCCCUGAGUCAUUACCGAAGAGGUGGUGGCUAUCACGAUUCAAUCAUGAAUUCCGACGACAAAUACUCUGGACCCUCAUAAUGGUCAUCGCACCCGAGGUUAUGGUCGGCUUAUCAUUUGGCGAUUGGCGUGCCGCAUCCGUAGGCUUUCAUAUGUUUAAAACCUUCGGAAAGGGGCAAGUUCCUAACUGGUCCAAGGUUCAUGCCAGCUUUGCCAAUAUGGGCGGUCUGAAAUUCAAGAUGAAGACGGAAUCGCCCGAUGGGCCUCAAUCCGUGAUUGAAGACGAUGCCUUAUUGGAAAUGUAUAAGAACAGUGGUCUCCACAAUACGACCUUCGAGAUCAUAAGGUGUUUUGUCGGAAUACAUUUGAAAGCAUCGAUCUCGCCUCUGAAGAAGGUAUCGAAGCGGUUCGCUCCGUUUUUGAAUCGUAUAUGGGAUCGUAUUGCAAUCCUAAGAAACAAAAUAUCGACAGCUCGUGGUAGUAGAUCUACGCCAAUUAUAAGUUCUCGCACGGCGGGGGGUGGAGGAACGAUAGACCAAGUCCGUGGAGAAUUACAUCUCUACUUGAAUGCUGCGCAGAUUGUUGUUGCCCAGUAUUUAAAGAUUCUCGAUGAGGGGCCGGUACUAGACGAGGUAGCGAUCGAGGACAAGAGCAAAACCAAUCCCUUGGCGAAGGGAAUUGCGAUUAUAUCGCUUUUCUGGUUCAUCCUUGGAAUCUUCAUCCAAAUCUUUCAGAAUGAGGAGCUCACCCAGUUAGAGCUCUCAACUUUCACUUAUGCGAUAUGCGCAGUUAUUACGUAUUUCCUAUACUGGAACAAGCCCCAGUCCGUCGAAGUCCCGAUCGAACAUUCAGUCGCGACCUCAGAUGCCGUUCGUUCAGUAACGCACCGCGAUAUUCGUAUUCUUAAAUCCUUUGGUAGCAGUUCCUUCCUAUUACGAAACUUCACACCGCGGUUCGGUACCGACAACGAGGUAGCAGAACCAUCAGAUCCGACUCCCACGGAUGUGUCUCUUACCGCUUUCGCCAUCGUCGGGUUUGGUGGCCCGGGGGUUUAUCUCUUCGAUGCUGAUCUGGCUGGUAUCGCCAUGGGUAUGGUAUUCGGGGCUAUCUACUGUCUUGGGUGGAACAAUAUCUUUCCCUCUCAGUGGGAGCAACUUGCUUGGCGCAUAUCGUCUUUAACGGUAACAGCGUCUCUUAUACCAUACUCUAUUGCUAAUGCUAUAUGUACAGUGAUUUUCAGGUCUGGUCAUAGUAAGAGGCGGAUGACGCAUCCGGUGCAUAUUCUGACGCUGGUUUUACUGGGAAUUAUCUACGUUGCUUGUCGGUUCUUUAUGCUAUUUGAGAUGAUUCGAGCGCUGAUUAAAUAAUUUGAAGACGAAAAGGCUAAUUUCUUAGUAUAUGUAUGAAAAAUAAUCUAAUACGGCCGUGUUUGUCUACUCUACCUAGCACUGGCCUGGAGCUGUACAGGCAAAAAUAGUUGUAAUUACAUUUUAAGGCUUCGUCUCCAAGAU